GCGAGAAGAAGCGAAUCAAAAUUCCCAGUUUCACUUCGUACGCAUCUUUUGGCUCUCGCGGUCAUUCGUAGCGCGACGUUGUUUCACUCCGAUUAUAUUUCCACGAGUUUUUCCAUUUUACUUCCGUCUUACCGACGCCUGAACGUAUAGCUGGUCGUAGUUCCGAGGUGUCCGUAAAUCGGAAUUCUCCGCGAAAUUCAUCGGACUUAAAAAUCUGUGUUCGCUGGUUACUACCGCUCACGAAUACCGUUCGGUUGAUAGUUUUACAUUUUUCUGUUGAAAAAACUUCACCGCAUCCGCGCGAUGCGCGUUCGUCGACUCGUAACUUUUCCAUCGAUUGUUUUUAACGUCCCGAAAACUUUUCACUUUACGAUCGUUUCAAUUUUACUUCCUAAACGUUAGUGACGCGAUGUGCGACGGUGUGUGCAUCGGCUUAAAACUGCUGUGACGUACGAAAGUUGUACAUUGCCCGAGUGACGAGGGGCCGCAAAGUAGCCUCAAAGAAAAUCCGCAACAGUUGAAAAUUUACGUGCACUUUUACAAUCUUAUUAUAAUACUUGAAAAUUUUCAGUCCCAAAGUUAGGCUAAGUCCCCUCCGUUAUCCUAUCGGGAUUGACGUCAAUUUUUUUUUUUUUUGUUUUUUUUUUACCUUCUAUUACCCCGUUCCCCAAUACGUCCUUUUGUCGCAAUUUUUUCUCUGAAUCAACUUUACCUUCAUUUGGCUGAAUUUUACAAAUUUCUCGUUCAAGUUUUGAGAUGAUUGUACCAACGCAGACGAAGAUUUGUAAUUGAUAUUUUGUCAUUACCCCUACAGCCCAUAUUUUAGCGAAUCAUUUUUUUCGUAUGGUAGAUGGUGCAGCUAGAGAAUUCGAACGAGUUCGCAGUUGAUCACCAUUUUACCAAACGUUGUUUGAUUUUCAGAUAAACCAAUUUUUUUUUUUUUAUUCAUCACAAUCUAUUUUCAAUAGCCCUUGCAUUGCGAGAACACGCGUGUAAGUACGUAAGUAAAUUUCAGCAGUGCUCGUUCGACAGUGUCGGGUGACAUAAAGUGUCCAUUGUGUGUGCAAAAGUCCUGGAAGCGAAGUGCGUUUUAAGUACGUGAAAACGCGCGUAAGUGUGUUGUUAGUGUUUCAGGUUUUUAGCAGACCCGUUCGUCGGUGGUAUCCGGGAGGACGUACGGAAGCCCCCCCACGUCGGCAUCGUUUCGUCGAAGUGCCCGUGCGGCCGUUCCCGCUAAAACCCGCUGAAGUAUAGAUAGAGGCACCGCGCUAGCUGCCCGUUGGAAGGAUUGUUCAGGAGUCACCGCAACCGCUAACCGGAAGUUUCAGUUUUCACGGAAGCCAAGAAGCUUUUAAUCUGCUGAGUGUUGGACAAGCGCCAGAUAGCUCGUCGCGCCUCGACUUCACGAUUUCGCCGUGGCUGUAACUGCGCCGGAAUUCGAAGACAUCGAUAUAUAUCGGCGCCACGCGGUGACGGGGCAAUUCAUCUCCGAAAAGAUUUCUACUUCCUCCGCCAAAAACUUUCGUUGCCGUAUUUCAACUCUACGCUUGUAACCACUGCGGCAGCAGUAUAGUCUCGUCGUGAAACACGAGGCGGAUGGUGCGGAUUAAGUUCUGAAAAUCGUAACACGAAUUCCACCGAGAGCGCGGUGAAUUUUUUUUCUUUUUUCCAUUUCGAAACCGUGCGCGUUCGCCCCCGUCACGAUCAACGGAAGCAGAUUUUUUUUUUUUGCAUCCGUCAUCUCGGCACGCACGAACUACUCGACUCGUACGAUCCGCAGUGUCCUCGCCGCGACUCGACGGUCGACGCAUACAUCGAAAUAUUUCACACUCUCUCUCUCUCUCUCUCUACUCGGGGGACAGGGGGAUCGGAGGACAACGAAGCGCAGAUAAACGCGGGUUCGGACGAGUACCGGGGCAUCUGUUUGAGCGGGGCCAUGGCCACGGUGAUGAUGGGUCUGCGCAGACGAGUACCGGCUAACACCGGGUGCUCGACAAACGCGACAGGAAUCUCGUCGUCCUCGACCUCCAACAAGCGGUCCAGGUCGGAGAACAACAACAGUCCGUCCCACGGCAACCUCAACUCGCUGACCGCCGCCCACAGCGAACCACCGGCGAAGAAGUCGCGCUCGAACGCCGCGAACUCGACGCGAGGCUCGAACUCGACCGCUUCCGAAAACCAAACGGUCACCAAGAGCCGGGGUAAUUCGUCGAGGAACGGAUCGUCGGCUAAGGGCGAAGUCGCGUCGAAAAAUUCCGGUCAAUCGUCCCCUUCCGCGUGGAGCGGCGCCUCCCCGAUCGCCAGGACGUCGUUCUCGUCCGUGAUAGCGCCGAUCGGUCUGUCCGCGGGACAGACCACCAUGGGAACCGCGAGUCUGAACGCCUCGGCCGCCCUGAACGCUACGGCUAUUCCGUACAUGACGCCGUCCGUGACGCCCUCGGUCGCCACGUUCGUCGGGAAUGCCACGAAUCUCAACAAAAAUAACUCGUCGGUUUCUUAUCUGGAUAUAUCGAACAUGACCAGCGGCACCAUGAGCUCGGCAUCGUCGGCGAUAAACUCGAGCUUCGUUAGCCCCAAGAGCGCCCAAUCGCCCUCGAAGAACGGCGGAGGUGUAUUCCGGGUGGCUAACGCCGGGAAAGAGGUGGCGACGAAGAAGUUUCAGAACGACACGAUGUUCAACGCCUACCAGCCGUGGGUAAUAAAGACCUACGGGGACCUCGCCAAGACGAAAACCAUCACGAUAAAGAAGUACGCAAGAAUUCUACGCACCCUGAGAGGCGAGGAAGCCAACAGCGCGGAAAACAGUAAAUUUCGAUUCUGGGUUAAGAGCAAGGGAUUUCACAUCGGGCAACCGGAGGGAUACGACGCUAAGCCCGCCGACAGGAUAGUCGGGAGACACGCGGUGACGAGCCCCGGUCUCGAUCCGCCGCUCUACGUCCCCACGCAGCCACCGCACAACAAGUCCUUGAAUGGCGCCGAAGGCACAAUACCCCCUGGACGAGUUUACAAGAAGGUCGCAAUCGUCGAGAAUUUCUUCGACAUCAUACAUGCGGUGCACGUCGACUUGGAGGGUCGUCCUGGAAAACACGCCGGCCAAAAGCGCACGUACCGGACGAUCACCGAAACCUACGCUUUUCUUCCCCGCGAAGCUGUGACCAGAUUUCUCCUCGGUUGUACCGAGUGCCAACGACGCCCCAGGACACCCAGCCCGACAAAUCUCUCCGCCCAGUCCCAGACGCCCUUGGCGACGUCGGUGACGCCAACGAGUCCGACGCCUGCUACCACCCUAUCAGCUUCGCCGGUCCAGACCAGCCAAAGACCCAGGGAAGCGAGCCACGCCCCGGAAGGGAAAAGUUUAUUCAAUUACAGGCAUCCGAAGCACCAAAAGGCCGCCGUGGAAAAGACGGAGCAGGAAGCAACCGCAACUACCGGCGGCCCCAAGGACAAGGAGGAAAAGUACAACCCGUUGAGCAUCACGAAUCUAUUGAAGAAGGAUCCCCCGACUUCGAAUUUCUCCACAUCGUCAACGACGACGGCCACCACGACCACGUCGACGACCGCCGCUUCGAUCGACAAUAUCACCGACUCCCGGCGAACGCCGGAAUCCGAUCGGGCCAGCUCCAGGAGUUCGGCCUCCUCCAAGAGGAGGAGAAUGCUUCCGGAAGGUCGAACUCCCUCCCCGCAACCCUCUACACCGUUGGCGCGACCUUGGAGUCCGAGUAUCGACCCGAAAGACACCCCCAUCGACUACAGCCUACCCAUAACGACGACGUACUUGAAGCACCAGCAGAGGGUACUCGCCGAGAAGACGAAGGCCUCGAAGGCUUCGGAAGUACCGCGCGUCGACGUCCAAGUCGUGAAUACCCUCGACACGGAGUCACUCGAAAGGGAGAGAUUCUCACCAGCCGCCGGGCUAAUCGACACAAAUCUCAACUUGCUCGCUACCAUUCAGCACCUUCAUUGCCAGGUGAUGCUCGCACUCACCGAAAGACUGCGACCCGCCGUACUACCGGCGUCUCUAGUUCUCCCCCAAGCCUCGUCGAUAUUCGCCACGUCCAUGCUUCAUCCGGGGAUAUCAAUUCCUUCGAUAAUAAACCAAAAUCAUUCCUGAGUUCGAUCGAAUACCGCGAGCCACCUGCUCGCGUUACACAUUCGCUAACAUGGAUAAUAAACGUCCCGUUGAAAUUUUUAUCGCAAUUCGCAAAUCCCCGUAUAUAAUUACACCAAGGAAUUAUCAGCUAAUGAAUUUUUUAAAUAUUACAUAUAUAUAUCUAUGUACAUUAUAUAUUACAGAAACUGUCUCCCUUUAGCGAGUUUCUCGACAACCCGUGUAACGAUAUCAUAACCGUCAUGUUGACUUUAAAUUUUUCACCUCUGACUAUAAUAUACGCUAAAAUGGUACGAGAAAUUUAUGCGCCUAUAUAAAUACAUAAUAUACGUACAUGCGUAUGUAUGGAUUUAUAUGUAAAGGUAUCCGUACGUCAUGGUUAAUAAUUACUCACACUAUACAGAAGUUCACAUUUACUAACGAUUUAAAAAAAAAAAUAAAAUAAUAAUAAAUUAAAUCAAGGUGAAUUUUUUCUCAUCACUUAUAUUAUAUUGUAUUAAAUGUAUAUUGUAAACACUAGUUCUCAAACUCUUGAUGAUAUGAUAACUGUCUUAACUCUUUUUCUCGUUACGUUUAGGAAGAGCGAUCGAAGCUCGUCUUAAUUCCGUCUCUACGUCAUCGUAUCAAUGUGUUACAAUCUAGAAGAAACAUUAAUCGCCGUAUUGAAAAAAAAAAAAAUGAAAAUUAUAAUUAUAAUGAUUAUAAUUAUAUAUAAUUAUUUGGUCGUGUCUCAUUGCUAGAGGAAGUAGCUUAUCUGUAUAACAUAAUAUGAGCCUUAACUAAUAUUAAUUAUUGAAUUAAUUCCAAUAGUCCAUAGGAUAGCCAUAUAGAUUAGUUGAGAAUUGCUAUUAUUAUGACGUGUUUACACCAUACCACGUAUGCGUGUAACUGUAGAGAGUUUAGAUUUUGGCAAACGUUAAACGUUGAAAUGUCUUUAAAUAAAUAAAUAAAUAAACAAAUAAAUAGAUUAUCAUUACACUGCGAAGCACCGAACCUUCUAAUCUUGUACAUAACAUUUUUGUUGUAUCGCAUAACGUACAUACUAUAGCACGUUAUUAUUUACUAUGAUUAUUGCUAUCGUUAUUUUUACCAAUACACUUUUUAUCAUUAAUAUUAUUAUUGAUUUACCAUUAUUAUUAUUAUUAUUAUUAUUAUUAUUAUUAUUGUCAUUAUCAUUAUUGUAUUUAAAAGGCACACGGAUGAAAAGGAAGAUAUACAUGAUAUUAAACACUAAAUCA